ACGACUUUCCUCUCCAGCUUAUCAGUUCAUCUAGUCGACAGACUGGACGCACCAUCUCACGCUCCGGGAAUGGGAUCUUUACUGGGUUCAAAGAAAAACUUCGAGUUCUUUCGAGUUUACGCUCUCCAGAAGCUACUUUUCAAACUGCAGGGAUAGUUGUUACUGCAGGUGCAGGGUGACAGCAACGACGAGUCACUGGCCAAUGACUGCCAACAAGACGCACCAGAAGUUGUCAGGGGGUUUCAGACGCUAGAAAUCAAUUAAACGACAUGAAGUGGGCUCUCUGAAUCUGGUUAUAGGAGAUUCUUGUCAUUUCAGACCACAGUUACCUUAACCGAGGCGUGCGCAUAUCUGUGCGUAAAGUUGGAGCUGUUGCGCACGGUUGAAGUUUAGUUCUAGCGGGGCAGCUAAUGCGAGCACAUAUAAAUUACAACAGAUUUGUUAACUUUUACAUCUGUGAGAAGUGUUAAUAUCUUGACAGCCAUGGCAAAAUGGUUCAGGGAUUUUCCCAUCAAUCUGAAAAACGGAAACGAAAGGGUUCGUUCGGCCUCUGAAUCUGGUCCACAAACUCGACCCAAACCUUCGUUUUCGCGUGACAGUCUGAAAGGAAAUCCGCGCAAAGAUGGAGGAGUGGGGGGUUUAUUGGCAGGGAGAAACAGGAAAAAUUCGGCUACAGAACUGGGUCGUAACAACGGUGGUUCUGGUGGGACAGUCUGGGAUAGUCUCACAACUGGAAAAAGUCGCAAGAACUCCAAGGUCGAGACUGGGACACCAGAUGAGAACCGCCAGGUCAGGACCUCUAGUUUGGCACAAGCCUACAUCAGCAGGAUGAUCAAAGUGGACAAACAAGACAAGACCCCCAAACUCAACGGCAUAAGUGAACAGAAGCAGCCCGAUAACGAAAAGGGAAGGUCUGACAUUAAAGCAACGCUGAUUAUCCUGGAGGACUAUGCAGAUCCUUUUGAUGCAGAGAAAACCAAGGAGCAGAGGGAGGCUGAGCGAGCAGGAGUGAAUGAUGGGUACAUGGAGCCAUAUGAUGCCCAGGUCAUCAUCACAG